CUGCUCAUGACGUCACCUCCGAUUCGGAGAGGAGAAAAAAAAUAUCGUCCGGUGAUCGAAGUGCCGUCUCUCUCGUGCAGUGUACUCCGUGCAACAGAACCAUUCGAUUGGUAAACUUUGAUAUAUCUUGAUUGCACCACUUAGGUCGCACAUCAAUAAUUUAGAAUGCCAAGAAGGGGGUCAGCGUCACCCAUGAGGAGGUCCCCCACAAGGGCUCCUCCUCCACCGCCUCCAGCUAGGCCUGCUGCCCCCGCGCCGCCUCCGCCAGGGGCAGGGGCAGGCACUGGAGCAGGAGCCGGAGCAGGCGCUGCCACUUCUGGCGGACCAUCGCUCAUGGGACAGAUGGCUGCAACUGCAGGCGGUGUUGCUGUUGGCUCUGCCAUUGGUCAUGUUGCUGGUCAUGCACUCACUGGCAUGUUCAGUGGAGGAAGUGAUUCUCAACAAGCCCAGCCUGCCCCUGCAGCUCAGCCCCAAUACAACCAACAGUAUGCCCAAGCUGGUGGUGGUGGUUCAGAGCCCAGUGGACCGUGUGCUUGGGAAAUAAAGCAGUUCCUACAGUGCGCUCAGGGCCAAACUGACCUCUCAUUAUGCGAAGGAUUUAAUGAAGCACUCCGCCAAUGCAAACAAAACAAUCGCAUUGCAAUGUAGUAAUAUAUAGAUAAAUAAUCUGUGAUUAGAAAAUUUAAAUUCUGCUCUUUUAAGAUCAGAAAAUGUGAGGCACACCGUCAUAGAAAGUCUAUUGGAUCCUCUUCAAAUUUACAAUGGGACAUGUUAAAAUUCAUAUCUAGUUCUUCAAAAGAAAAAAGCAGUGUGCCACUGUUUGUGCAUUUUACUGUAUUGUGGAAAUAUAUUAUUAGAACUUAAUUUUUCAAAGGAA